AUGGGUCUCGAAGGCACCAUAUCUCCUCAUGUUGGUAAUCUUUCUUUCCUCCAAUUACUCGAUCUUAGCAACAAUAGCUUCUAUGGUCAUCUGACAGAUGAAAUAGGCCACUUGCGUCACCUAAAAACCCUUUAUUUAUUUCUUAAUAUGUUAGAAGGAAACAUCCCACUGGGCUUACACCACUGUCAAAGGCUUGAAGUGAUAUCACUUGCGGGUAAUAAAUUUAGAGGUAGAAUUCCGAAAGAGUUGAGCACCUUAACCUCUCUAAGUGAACUUGCUCUCGGACAAAAUGAACUUAUAGGUACUAUUCCACCUUCCUUUGUCAACAUUUCAAGCUUAGAAGGGUUUGGGCUAGAAGAGAAUCAAAUUUAUGGAAACUUUCCAACUGAAUUGGCACAACUUCCAAAUUUGAACUUAAUUUACCUUGCAUUGAAUUAUCUCAUAGGUCCAAUACCUCCUGCAAUUUUUAACAAGUCUUCAAUGGUUCAAAUUGACUUGAAUGGGAAUGCCUUUUCUGGAAACAUUCCAACAAAUAAUGGCCUUUUCCUUCCUAAUCUUGAAGUCCUCCUUUUGGAUCACAAUCAACUAACUGGAAACAUUCCUUCAUCUCUUUCCAAUUCUUCGAAUCUCACUAUGCUAACACUAGCGGUCAACUUGUUUACUGGAACAGUACCAAAACAUUUAGGCAAUCUAAAACACCUAGAAGUUUUGCAUUUAUUUAAAAAUCAACUGACAAACGAACCAGGAAGUAUUGAACUUAGUUUUCUCACAGAUUUGACAAAUUGUACUUCCUUGGUGCAUUUGUUGGUGGGAGGAAAUAAAUUGAGUGGCACCCUACCCAAUUCUAUUGGAAAUUUUUCAAACACUUUGCAAGAACUUGAUGUAUCUGAAAGCCAACUAAUUGGUACAAUUCCUAAAGAGAUUGGUUCUUUGAGGAAUGUGAAUGUACUUGGAUUGGCUAACAGUAAUCUGAAUGGAAACAUCCCCUCAACUCUUGGAGAAAUUGAAAGUUUGCAAAGGUUGUAUCUUGGCGGUAACAACUUUCAUGGAUCAAUUCCAAAUGAGAUUUGCCUUUUGAGCAACUUAGGGGAACUUUAUGCAGACGAAAAUAAGUUAUCUGGAUCGAUCCCAAGUUGCAUUGAAAAUCUUAAAGGUUUGCAGGUGAUGAAGCUUUCUCAUAAUAAAUUGACCUUCAUACCGUCGAGUUUAUGGAAAAUUGAAACUUUAAGGGACUUGAAUCUUUCGUUCAAUUCAUUAGGUGGAAGCCUAGAUCCAAACAUAAGACCAUCGAAAGUGUUGGAAAUCGUGGAUUUAUCUUCAAUAGCAUUGUAA